AUGGAGGCACAAAGGAGUACUGCAGAAGUCAGGCGACUUCAUAUCGUCUACUUCCUUAGUCGAAGUGGUGGUGGCGUUGAACACCCUCAUCUUAUUCGAGUCCAUCACCUCUCUAAAAAUGGGGUACGAUUACGAGAUGUAAAGAGAUGGUUGACGGAAUUGCGAGGACAGGACAUGCCGGAAUCAUUUUCUUGGUCAUACAAGAGGAAAUAUAGGACAGGUUACAUAUGGCAAGAUUUGCUGGAUGAUGAUCUCAUUACUCCAAUUUCGGACAAUGAAUAUGUUCUCAAAGGAUCAGAGAUUUCGUCUCCCACUCUUAAAUUUAAUAAAGACCAUUCAUACACUCAAAAAGAACCAUUAUCCCCUGAAGAAAUAAAAGGCCACAAGCCCUCUUGCAUUCAAAUUCAUUCGGAAACUUCAACGGGUGUUUCAACAAAAACACCAUCAGAAAUCGAAGAAGAAUCGCCUACUUUUGGCUCCGAAACAUCUACAUUGACCGAUGAUUCGGGAAACAUCGAACGUGAUCUGGAGAAAAAAUCAGACACUUUGAAACAAGUAGACAUGCAUGGUAGUACUGAUCAAGAACAAAAACUUCCCUACAAAGAAAUAAGAAAUGAGAAUCCUCCAUCUUCUCAUUUGAAUUCAACUCCAUCGAGUGAGGACAAGAAGACGACGAACAGAAAAGUUCCAAUGGAUAAAAAUAGUGCACUAACUUCACCAGAGGCUUCAUUCACAAAGAACAAGAGCUGUUCCAAUGGCAAAUCCAACUUAUUCAAGAAUUUGAUAUCAUGUGGUGCUGUGGAUUCUAAUGAUUCAGCAGUUGUGAAGAUCAAUCGAGAGAAUAAACCAUUCUUGAAUAUGUGUUCUAGUGAUCAGAAUAAUGUUCUUUCGGCAGCAAUUUGCAAAAGGGAUAAACUAGGAGGCUCUCAGACGAUCUUUGGGACUUCAUGGAAUCAACAACAGUGCAAUGGCAGAAAGAGCUGCGAUGGGGUGAAGGAUUCAAGAAAGCAAAAGACACCCUCAACUGCUUACAAGCAAAUCAGAGGCCCGAAUUGCUCGCAAUGUGGUAAGUCAUUCAAGCCUGAGAAACUACAUUCACAUAUGAAUUCCUGCAAGGGAAUGAAAGCCUUAGCCAAGGGAGCUUCUGAUCCUUUACUUACUGCAUCUAUAGUUCAGACGACAUCGCAAAGACUGUCAUCAAAAGAAUCCCAAAACAAGGAUUCAGUUUCUGGCUACUACAUAAAUACUUAA